GCCACACCCUGCUUUUACUUAAGGUCCCAGCAGCCAUACCCCCGCCCCACCACUGCCGGUGCCACAUCCCAGCCAUGUCAGGCUUUUCCACGCCCCACAAAACCUUGCUGGCCGAAGGCAUCCGAGUCGGCACCGUGAUGAGAAUUCGUGGUGUUGUGCCCAACCAGGCUGGCAGGUUCUACGUAAACCUGCUGUGCGGCGAGGAGCCGGGCAGCGAGGCCGCCCUGCAUUUCAACCCGCGGCUGGACGAGUCCUCGGUGGUCUUCAACAGCCUGGAGCACGGAGCCUGGGGCCGAGAGGAGCGAGGCCCGGGCAUUCCUUUCCAGCGCGGGCAGCCCUUCGACGUGCUGCUCAUCACCACCGACGAAGGCUUCAAGGUGGUGGUCGGGGACCUGGAAUACCACCACUUCCGCCACCGGAUGCCGCCGACGCGCGUGCGUGCGGUGGAGGUGGGCGGCGACCUGCAGCUGGAGCUCGUGAAGAUCUUCUGAGCCCCGGCGGGAGGGCGCGUGGUGGGUGGGCCGCAGGGCUCUUGGCCGCCAAUAAAGUCUUCGUCCGUCA